UUCCUUGCGGAAACGUUGUUUUGGCGCCGAAGGUUUCAAUCGCAUUUCUGCGCGGGUAAUGUCCUUUUGUUGUUAGCUAAACACGAAGUUUAAUUGUAGUGUAUAACGAGUAAUUUACUACAUCAGAAAACUACAAGACAGCAUGCAGCGAAGCAUAUCAUCUUUCUUUCAGCCCAAAACGGGCAAAGAGAAGGAGAGCAAAAAAAGUGACGGACCGGGGAAAGACGAGCCGGUGAAAGACAAGCCAGAACCAAUCAAAAGGCCUCUCAAAGUUCAGAAUGGGGUCCAUGAAGAGCCUGAUUCGCCCGUGAAGAAGUUCACUAAACGCAGUCGUCAGAUCUUGGACAGUGAUGAUGAGGCUCCAGACGGAAUAGAACAGGAGCCAGAGGACAAGGCUGUGCAACCCAAGGAUGAAGUAUUCAAGGCUGUUACCAACCCCCUGUCCCCCGCCUCUCCAGUGACCUCAUCCGCCUCCCCCACCCCUGGAACCCCUGACACCCCCACUUCCAUCUCACCCUCCGGAAUACCCAAACGCCGCACCGCGAGGAAGCAGUUCCCCAAGAGAAAGCUGGACAGCAGGAGUGGCAGUGAAAAGGAGGAGGAAGAACAAGGACAGCAGAAUAAAAGGGCAAAGGUUGAGGAGACGCAGGACAGCACCGAGAAUGAAGAGGAAGCGAUGGACGUGGGAGGAGAGAACAGCGUGGAUAAGCCUGAGGUGGUGCAGAACAACCCGGAGGAGAAAGACACGGAUGAAGAGAAGACCAAAGAUGAGAGAAGGAGAAAGCUUAAUGUCAAAGUGACCGCGACCGAGGAGGAAAAAGGAAAAAGUGAAAAGGCUAAAGAGAGAAGUCCUAAAGAGAGAAGUCCUAAGGGUCAAAAGGAGAGAAGUCCUAAGGGUCAAAAGGCUAAAGAGAGAAGUCCUAAGGGUCAAAAGGCUAAAGAGAGAAGUCCUAAGGGUCAAAAGGCUAAAGAGAGAAGUCCUAAGGGUCAAAAGGCUAAAGAGAGAAGUCCUAAGGGUCAAAAGGUUAAAGAGAGAAGUCCUAAAGAGAGAAGUCCUAAGGGUCACAAGUCUGUAAAGGAUGGCAAAGACAUGAAAGAAGAGAAAGUGUCAGAAAGCCCCCAAGCCAAAAAAGCCCCCACCAUCAGCAGUUUCUUUGCUCCCAGGAAGGCUGCUGUAAAGAUGGAGAAACCAGAGAAGUGCGAGCGAGAGGGAGAGGGAAAGAGCGAGGGAGAGGGAAAGAGCGAGGGAGAGGGAAAGAGCGAGGGAGAGGGAAAGAGCGAGGGAGAGGGAAAGAAGAAGACUGCCCAGGCGCAGUAUGACCCGUCCAGACCCAACUACCACCCUGUAGACCACGCCUGCUGGAGCCGGGGACAGAGGUACCCUUUCCAUUCUGUUGCACGCACCUUUGAAAAGAUUGAGGAAGAUUCUGGCAGAUUGAGGAACAUUGAAACAUUAUCAAAUCUCCUACGCUCUGUUAUCAUCCUCUCUCCAGAGGACCUGCUGUGCUGCGUCUACCUGUGUCUCAAUCAGCUGGGUCCUGCUUACAUGGGGCUGGAGCUGGGAGUGGGAGAAACUGUUCUGAUGAAGGCUGUCGCCCAAGCUACUGGGCGACAGUUGGACAAAAUCAAGGCGGAGGCUGCAGAGAAGGGGGACUUGGGGUUGGUGGCUGAGAGUUCCCGUAACAACCAGAGAAUUAUGUUCCAGCCAGCCAAUCUGAUCGCAGGGGGUGUGUUCAACAAACUGAAAGACAUCGGGAACAUGAGUGGGAAUUCUGCCAUGAAUAAGAAGAUUGACAUCAUCAAAGGUCUCUUUGUAGCCUGUCGUUUCUCUGAAGCCAGAUACAUUGUCAGGUCGCUGGCAGGGAAGCUGAGGAUUGGCUUGGCUGAACAGAGUGUACUGUCUGCCCUGAGUCAGGCCGUGUGUCUGUCUCCUCCAGGACAAGACUUCCCUCCGGCGGUGAUUGACGCAGGGAAAGGAAUGAGUGCAGAAAAACAGAAAGCUUGGAUAGAAGAGAAGAGCCUUCUCCUCAAACAGACUUACUGUGAGAUGCCCAACUAUGAUGUCAUCAUCCCAGUCAUUCUGAAGGAGGGGAUUGAUGAACUCCCCAACCACUGCAAACUCACUCCAGGUGUACCGUUGAGGCCCAUGCUGGCUCACCCCACCAAAGGUGUAGGAGAGGUGAUGAAGAGAUUUGAUGAAGCCGCCUUCACCUGCGAGUACAAGUAUGAUGGAGAACGAGCACAGAUCCAUAUCUUGGAGAAUGGGGAAGUGCGUAUUUUCAGUCGCAACCAGGAGGAUAAUACCACCAAAUAUCCUGACAUCAUCUCUCGCAUUCAUACGGUAAAGAAUGAGUCUGUGAUAUCCUGUGUGUUGGACACUGAGGCGGUAGCUUGGGACAGAGAGAAGAAACAGAUCCAACCGUUCCAGGUUCUCAUCACACGGAAGAGAAAGGACGUGGCUGCAGCUGAUAUCAAGGUUCAAGUGUGUGUGUACGCCUUCGACCUGCUGUAUCUCAAUGGAGAGUCUCUAGUGAAGCAGCCCUUGUCAUGUCGCAGGGCUCUGUUGAAGAAGAGCUUCCAGGAGAAGGAGGGAGAGUUUGUGUUCGCCCGCGCCAUCGACUCAGACAACACAGACGCCAUAGCUGAGUUCCUGGAGCAAUCGGUUCGAGACUCCUGUGAGGGACUCAUGGUGAAGACUCUGGAGAAAGAUGCCACGUAUGAAAUCGCCAAGCGCUCUCACAACUGGCUCAAGCUGAAGAAGGAUUAUCUGGAUGGCGUGGGGGACACGAUGGAUCUGUGUGUGAUCGGAGCCUAUCUGGGGAAGGGCAAGAGAGCAGGGACCUACGGAGGCUUUCUGCUCGCCUGCUACGAUGAGGACAAUGAAGAGUUCCAGUCCGUCUGCAAGAUUGGGACAGGUUUCAAGGAUGAAGAUUUGGAGCAACAUUAUACAUUCUUAAAGGAGCAUAUUUUGCCAAAGCCCCGCCCCUAUUACCGUGUGGACCAAUCAACUGAGCCCGACUUGUGGCUCGAUGCCGUGCAAGUAUGGGAAGUGAAGUGUGCCGACCUAUCGCUGUCGCCGAUCUACAAGGCUGGCAUGGGAUUGUGUGACCCAGAGAAGGGCAUCUCUCUUCGGUUCCCACGCUUCCUGAGGAUCAGAGAUGAUAAGAAGCCGGAGGAGGCCACUUCAGGUGGACAGAUUGCUGAUUUAUACAGGAAGCAGCAGGUUGUUCAGAAUCAGGGUGACAAAGCUGACCUCGAGGACUACUACUGACCUCUGACCCGAUCAGCUGCCCAUCCAGUCGCCAAUAACUCGGGUGAAACCUCAAUGUGUACAUAAUUAUUAUUAUUGUUUUUUUAAAUGAUGAAACUGAAUAUGGCUCUGCCAAUGCAAAAAUGAAAGUGAAGACCCUGUGAACAGCUGUGUUGCUAUAGAUAUAUAGGCGUUGACAAUGUUAUGACGUUAAACAGUUUGUUGUUGUACCUAAGGCUUAUUUUGUGGGGGGAUCGUAUUCACACCAGUAUAAAGUACAGUUGUCAAAUCACCGUGAUGUAUGUGAAUAAAGGCUUUUGCUAAUUUUAUAAUA